CUAUAUCAACAGAUCACCGGUUCCUCUGCUACCAAUUGCUUCAGAGGAGCUACCGAGGUGAGAGAACCUUCGACGGAGAUUCACGCUCGUACGUCUCACUACACUGUGCAUUUCCACGUGACAGCUGCAGAUGCACGGGUACGUGUACGGACACAGAGUGUCCCCAGCGCCGCCUCUCUCCACCGGAGUGCCCGCGACGUGUCUGGUGUGCAGGGGAUGACGCCGUGUGACGUGUGGCCGGCGUGGGCGGCGCUGUGUGCGGGCGCGCUGCUGCUGGCGGCCGCGCUGUGGCGCCGCCACCUCACGCACUUCUCUCGCCGCGGCGUCCCCUAUGCGCGGCCCCUGCCGCUCGUCGGCAACAUGCUGCAGAUGACGCUCGGCAAGAAGGCCAUCCCGGACGUCGUCGCCGAGCUGUACAACAAACUCGACCCGCAUCCGUACGCGGGCGUCUUCAACUUCACGAUGCCCCUCCUGAUGAUCAGGGACCCGGAGAUCAUACGCGCCAUUACCGUCAAAGACUUUGACCACUUCACUGACCACGUGGGCUUCGAGACGAACAGCAAGAAGGCCAACCCUCUGCUGAAGAAGAUGCUUUUCGCCUUGAAAGGAAAGGAGUGGCAUGACAUGCGAGCCACCCUGAGUCCGGCUUUCACUUCUAUGAAGAUGAAGAAUAUGUUCGUUCUGAUGACGGAGAUCGGGCAGCAGCUUGUCGAUUAUCUGUUGACAGAAACUGGUGAUGGUGAAGGUAAAACCCUGACACUGGAGAUGAAGGACUUCUUCACGCGCGUGACCAACGACAUCAUCGCGACGACGGCCUUCGGCAUCAAGGUGGACUCCCUGUCGGACCCCGGCAACCAGUUCUACAGGAUGGGCCGCAGACUCACCAGCGUGCGGCCGCUAGUCGGCGUCGGCUACAUGAUGUCCCCCAGGCUCAUGGAGGUGAGGGUCCCGUCUGGCUGCCUGCCGCCAGGUGUCGUGUGGGUCUGUCCAGGUGAAACCCUCUCUGGGACUAACACUGCUCUAUUUUACCAUGUUCUGCAGUUACUGGGAAUACCGUUCUUCGAUCCGAAGACUGUGGGAUUCUUCAGGACCAUGGUGUCGGACACCAUAGAGACGAGGGAGAAACAAGGCAUUGUCCGCCAUGACAUGAUUCACCUGUUGAUGCAGUCUCGGAAGGGAGAACUCUCUUCCCCCGAUGGAGAGAAGAAUGGGGUCAGUGAGACCAAGGGCAGAGCACUGAGUGAGGACGACAUCGCGGCGCAGGCGAUGCUGUUCUUCUUCGGCGGCUUCGACACGGUGGCCACGCUGCUCAUGUUCCUCAGCUACCUGCUGGCCACCCACGAGGAGGUGCAGCGGCGCCUGCAGGAGGACAUCGACGGCCUCAUGCAGAGCAGCAAAGGACAGCCCAGCUACGAGCAGGUCAUGGGCUGCCAGUACCUCGACAUGGUGAUCUCGGAGACACUCCGCAUGCAUACGCCCGGCGCCGUGCUGGACCGCAAGUGCGUGCGCCGCUACAAGCUGCCGCCCACCGAGCACUGCCCCGGCUUCGAGAUCCAGCCCGGGGAGGGCGUCUGGGUGCCCGUGCACGGCAUCCACCACGACCCCAGGAACUACGAGCACCCCGGACGCUUCGACCCCGAGCGGUUCAGCCCAGAGAACAGGCACCUCAUCAAGCCGUUCACGUACUACCCAUUCGGGUCAGGACCUCGCGUCUGCAUCGCCCAGAGGUUCGCACUGAUGGAGACCAAGGUUGUGGUGACGCACCUGCUGUCGCGGUUCAGCUUCUGCGUGGUGGAGAAGACGCCCCUGCCGCUCGUCAUCCAGCCCAACAACCUGUCGCUCGGGAUCAAGGGCGGCGCUUGGGUUGGCAUUCGGCGUAGGUCUUCAGCACUUGUCUGACGUGCGAGAGAGUGAACUGCGUCAGGAAAUAAUUUGUAGUUGUUACACUUAAGCUCAUAUUGUGUUAUAUGACAAAGGAGAAGUUAAGAGGAUGAAAAUAUCAAAACAAUCCAAUCUCCACCUGUAAAACUCUCUUCUCAAGAUUGUAUGAUAACUCCCGAAGGUUUUCACCGAAUGCAGUCCAAUGUAUUGAAACUGAACCAUGACAGAUACUCGGAACGUGUCGAUCACGUAAGAGUAACCGCCACAUACGAAACUGAAGAACUGCUAAAAUAGUUUUGAAUAUGGGGUAACAAUUAAUUACGAUGAGAAUACGGGGCCAUUAGUGUCAUCUACCAUCGUACUGACGUAACAGGAAUCUAACCGAUUAACAUUAGCUUUUGACUGUUCCAUUAUUUUCUCAGCAAUGUACCAUCUGACCAAAGAGAGUUUCGAAAUUGUGACCUAUGCUGUACGUUAAUUAGACUGAAUAUUAAAGAUGAUACCAGAUAAGAAUGUAAUUUUAUUAUUCAUAUACUCUAUUUUGAAGUGCUUCCACUGCAAGACAAAUAUCAAAAAAGAGAUACCCAGUGCUGUAUUUUUUAUAUCUAUGAAGAAUUAAGGGUUUUUAUUUAUCAAGCAGAUACAUCAAUUAUAUUACGUAUAUGAUAUUUAUAAUUUGUAGUAUUUUUGUAAUUUAUUUUGCUAUGGAUCAAACAUUUGCAUGUGUAUGUUAACGAUUUUUGUGAUCAUAUAUACAGUAUUUGUGAUGUUUUAUUAUAUCAAUAAAAUAUACUUUGCCUUAUAAA